AUGAGGAAGAGACAAAAGAAGUUGAAAGGUCAAAAAGACAAGAGGAUAGGCUCGAUCACGUGCGGCGGGCCAACACGGCGGUCCUACCACCGUCGCCGUCGUGACCGGAACCAUCGUCCUCUUCUCUUGUCACUUUCUCACCUCUGGGUCCAAAUUUUAUUUGUUGAUGUUCACAUCAUGGAGUUUCCGAUUUAAUGGUUUAUUUUACAUUACCCAAUUGAACUAAACAUUCCCACGUAACAUUUGUGAACUAUAUCUUAUUUCCAUUUUUAGUCUUGUUUCAAGAACUCAAUAGC